AUCGGUCUCAACCGGUCGGCCACUUGUGAUGUCAACGGAUGUCUGGCCCGAAACGAACACAAAAUCUCCGGCUCUAAUGGCUUGAGAGUAGGGGCCCGUCGGUGGGGGCCAUGUCUUGACGCGGAUCUCCUAUUUAGUCCACGAGCGCCAACACCUAUCGCACCGUACACUCAGGGCGUAAGAGCCGGAGAUUAUGUGUUCAUAACGGGACAGAUAUCUACCGAUGUUAAGACUGGUGAGCCUGUCGUGGGAUCACUACGAGUCCAAUACGAGACCACAUUCAACAAUGUCUUAGCCGUGACCGAAGCCGCC